AGUGUCAAAAGUAACGGCGAUUUUUCCGUUUUGUGAGGAAAUAAGUAAACAUUCAAAAAACAGUAGAUACUAUAACAUAACGCCUAAACGCCAAACGCUGCGUUUAGUAAGCAACGAUUAAAUUGAAUUUCUAGAUUAUUUUCAUAUUGUUCUUUAAAAAAAAAUAGAGGACUUAUAAUGUCCGGAAAUAAAAAUGUAAAAGUUAAAGCCCCAGUGCCUAACCCAGUACCAAUGAUUGAGGAUGAGGACUCCUCUGAUGAAGAACUAAACCUUUCGGAUGAUGAGGGAGUCAGAGUUGACGGCAUAUAUAUUCCCCCUGUGAGAAAGGCAGCUCUAACUAUGGAUCCUAAUGGUCCACGAUUAGUAAUAACUAAAAUAGAGAAUAGUUUCUUUAAAAGUUAUGGCAAAGGAGUUGUUCUCGGACCAUUUCAUAAGUGUUUUAAUGCUAUAGUUGGUCCCAAUGGAAGUGGCAAAAGUAACGUUAUAGACUCUUUGCUCUUUGUAUUUGGAUACAGAGCUACCAAAAUUCGAUGCAAAAAAGUCUCUGUCCUACUUCAUAACUCAGAACAGCUUAAGAACAUACAGUCUUGUUCAGUGACUAUACAUUUCGCACGACUCAUUGAUAAGGAAGGAGAUGACUAUGAAUUUGAGCCUGGCAGUGGUUUUGUGGUAUCCCGUACAGCACACAAAGAUAAUUCCUCAUAUUAUGAACUUAAUGGAAAAAGAGUGCAGUUUAAAGAGGUGGCUAUUUUGCUGAAGAAACAUGGGGUAGACUUGGAUCAUAAUAGGUUUUUGAUCCUGCAGGGGGAAGUAGAACAAAUUUCUACGAUGAAAUGCAAAGCGGACAAAGAAGGCGAAUGCGGCCUUUUAGAAUAUCUCGAAGACAUUAUUGGUACCUCAAGAUAUAAGAAACCUCUUGGAUUAAUUAAUGAGAGAAUUGAGGAGCUCUCAGAUAUAAGAUCAGAAAAAAUUAAUGCCUUAAAAAGGGUACAAAAUGAAUUGGAUGAGCUUAAGGCUCCUAUGGAGGAAGCAGUAGGUUUUCUCAAAACUGAAAAUAAUAUUGUUAAGGGCAAAAACUUUUUAUACCAGAAGAAUAUACAACAAUUAACAGAGACCCUUGAAAUCGAAGAAGUGUCUCGCGGCAAAGUGGCUGAAGUUGAAAAGUCUUACAGUGAAAAAUUGGAAGCCUUAGCAGAAAAGAAAACAGAACACUUGACUCUUCAAGAUAAAGAAGCGACUAAUUACGAAGAAUUGAAGCAAAAAAAAGAUAAACUACAGGAAGAAUUUGACAAAUCCAGCAAUAAAGAUAUACAGUUAGUAGAAGAUAUAAAAAACAAAAAUAAAACUAGGAAAAAGACAAAAGAGCUGAUUAUUGAAGAGAAGGAUAAACUUGUUAAGUUGGAAAAGUUACCAGAAGAAAACGCGACUAAAAUAGGAUAUUUGGAGAAAAAAUUGCAAAAAGCUAUUGACGACAAGGGAAAAUAUGAAGCGGAAAAGAAUAUUUUGUUGCAAAGUGUCCAGCAAGAAACACAAGGGCUGCAACUUCAGAAGGAGGAAAUGCAAAAAGAUUUGGCUAAGCUAAAGGAGGCGGUGGACAAAACUAAAUCUGCCUUCAACAUAGCAGAAACACAGCUUCAAGUAUGUAUCAGCCACGAAAAAACCGAAAAAGACAAAUUGGAACACUUGAAAAAUAUUUACGAAACCUCUUCAGCUACAAUCGUGGAACGAACCAAGCAAGUAGCAGAAAUUCAGGAGAAAAUUCCCGCCACUAAGAAAUCUCUGGAUGCUGCCAAUAUUGAACUAUUAAAAGUGAAAGAGGAGGAGAUGAAUCUCGUGAACGUUAUCAGGUCGAAGAGGACCACGCUAGAAGAAGGAAAAAGUUCAAUGCAGGCCUCGAGAUCGAGCGGAAGAGUUUUGGAUUCAUUAAUGAGAGCUAAAAGGGAAGGAAAGUGUCCCGGACUAUUUGGUAGAUUGGGCGACUUGGGUGCCAUUGACGCUAAAUACGACGUCGCUGUUUCAACCGCCUGCGGUGCUUUAGACAAUAUAGUGGUGGACACAGCGGAUACUGCGCAAUGGUGCAUUGAGUUUUUAAAAAAACAUGACAUCGGUCGUGCAGUCUUUAUUGCCCUGGAGAAACAAGAAUAUUUGUGGGAUCAGGCGACUACCAGAAUCAAUACACCAGAAAAUGUUCCAAGACUUUACGAUCUGAUUAAAGUCCAAGACGAAAGGGUCAAGACAGCAUUUUAUUAUGGCUUGAGAGAUACUUUGGUAGCCAAUGAUUUGGAUCAGGCCUCACGCAUCGCCUAUGGAGCCCGAAGAUACAGAGUGGUGACAUUAACUGGGGAUUUGAUUGAAACUACAGGUACUAUGAGCGGCGGUGGUAAAAGAGUUCUUAGGGGCCGUAUGGGUCAAUCAGUGGCCGUAACCAACGUAGACCCGACAGAAAUCCAAAACCUUGAGCAAGAGGUUCAACGAAUGGAACAGAGAGUGCGUGAACUACGACAAAGGCAAGCAGCAUUAGAAACCAAAAUAAACGAACUUCAGCCGGCAUUAAGACAGAUGCAAAUUGACUUAGAAAAAUAUACCAGAGAAUUGAAUAGUUUAAAGCAGCAACAGCCCAAUAUCGCCAGACAGAUGAAAGAGCAAGAGGUCAAAUCAAAAUCCAUAAAAGCGGACGCAAAUCAAGUUAAGAAACUAACCAAAAUCGUAGAGGAAAAGAAGGCGGAAUAUGAGGAAGCAGCUGAAACAGCAGGUGCCUUGCAACUAAAGGUAGACAAAUUGACUAAAGAAAUUAAAGAAAAAAGCACAGGAAAGAUCAGAGCCGUGGAUAAAAACAUCAAAGAUGCUGCGAAGACCAUUGAAUCCUCCAAAAGUGAAAUUACAAAGCUGAAAGUGGCAGUUAAAACUGCUGAAAGAAACUUUAUCGCCACACAAGAAAACAUCGCUCGCAUGGAACAAGACAUCGAAGAUAUGGAAAAUUCAAUGAGGGCAAUGAAUGAGCAACGUAAAGAAAUCGAAGAAUAUGCAAAAACUAUAGUAACCGAAUUAGACGACAUUACGGAGAGGUUAAAAGAAAAAACAAGUGCCUUUUCCGAGGUCAAAAAGAUUGUGGAGCAACUGACUAAAGAGGAAAAUAAGCUCAAAUCGGAAAAAAUCGAUAUUGAUGAGAAGUUAAAAGUUCACGAUAAAAAAAUUAAUGAGCUUAAGAGGCAUAUGGAGGCAUGGAGAAAUAAGCUCGGUACGUUAAGGCUGCAGGACAUACCAAAUGAAAGCAUGGAGGAACUUAAGCAGUUUUCAAAGGAUGAAUUGGACGAGAGAUCUGUAGACAGUGUUGAAGAAGAAUUACAAGCGGCGGAAAAACAUCUGAAAGUGGCGAAACCAAAUUUUCAUGCAAUUCAGGAAUACCGUAAAAAGCAAAUAGUAUUUACACAACGUGAAGGCCAACUCGAAGAAAUUACAAAAAAACGGUCGGAAAUGCGGGCAGUUUUUGAUGAUUUAACAAACAGAAGAAAAUCAGAAUUUAUGAUCGGUUACAACAUUAUUAAAUUAAAGUUAAAAGAAAUGUAUCAAAUGAUAACCAUGGGAGGCGACGCCGACUUUGAAAUGGUCGACACUUACAAUCCAUUUUCAGAAGGCAUUCAGUUCAAUGUACGACCUCCAAGAAAAACCUGGAAAAACAUCUCGAACCUCUCGGGAGGUGAAAAAACCCUUUCCUCACUUGCCUUGGUUUUUGCCCUCCAUUAUUACAAGCCCUCACCAUUGUACGUCAUGGACGAGAUUGAUGCCGCCUUGGAUUUUAAAAAUGUGUCAAUAGUUGCCAAUUAUAUUAAAGAGAGAACUAAAAACGCACAAUUUAUUAUUAUAUCAUUACGUUCCAAUAUGUUUGAGUUGUGUGAUAAUUUAGUUGGGAUUUAUAAGACUUAUAAUCAAACCAAAACUGUUUCUAUAGAUCCGAGGGUGAAUGAGAAGACGAAAAAGCCGAAUGCGGCUGAACAAUCGGAUUCUACGAACAAUGAAAAAGAAAACGAGCCAUCCACUCACGGACAAAAUGCUGCUACUUUAACAUCUCAAGGAAGUGAAGUUACAAGAAGGAAUCCACACGUAUCCCAUUCGGAUCAAGAUACAGUACAAGAAACGCCCAGACAGUCAGAAAUACCUUCUUCACAAAACAACAUACAAUCGCAAGUUGUUGGUGGUAGCUCUCAAGAAAAUGAAAUGACAACGAGACAUUUACAUAUGUCUCAUUUAAAUGAAAAGACAAUUCCGGAAACUCCAGAACCUUCAAUAUCGGAAGAUAGUAAUGCUAUGGACCAGUAUACCGACGAUGAAAUUGAGGAAACUCCAGAGCACUCUGAAUCGGAUGACUAAAAAAUCUAGUUUUAUAAAAAAAAUUGUUUAUUUACAAUUUUUGUAAUACAUUUAACAUGUUUAAA